AUGCCUCUGAAGAAGAAACCGGUGACAGAGAAAAACCUGUACGAGCUCCUGCAAGUAGCAAUUGAUGCUACAGAAAAGGAAAUCAAGACCGCCUACCGAAAGAAGGCUUUGAAAGUUCACCCUGAUAAGAAUCCCAAUGAUGAAAAGGCUGCCCUGUUGUUCCAUGAGCUUUCAGAAGCUCUGGAGAUCCUCUUGGACUCUUCAGCACGGACUGCUUAUGAUAAACUACUCAAGGCAAGGGAGGCAGCAGCCGUCCGACACAGACAACUUGAUGCCAAGCAGAAGAAGCUUAAGGAGGACCUGGAAGCUCGGGAGAAGGCGGCUGAAUCACACCGGACUGCAUACAAGAGUGAAGAGGAGAGAUUUCAAGCUGAGAUUGAACGCCUGCGCAAAGAAGGAUCUCAGGUGUUGAAAGCAGAACAAGAGUCCUUGAGAAGGCACCUAUAUGAUGAGGAUUCUUCCUCCUCUCAGGGAACUGAAGAUGUUGGAGCACGACUCAAAGUGAUUUGGAAAGGAAGCCAGGGAAAGUAUGACCAGGAGACACUCAAACGUAUCUUUAAUAAAUAUGGAGAUGUUUCUGUGGUGGUGAUCUCCAAGAAGAAGAAAGGAAGUGCUCUGAUAGAGAUGGUUGAUCAUCGGUCAGCUGAAAUGGCUCAAAGACUUGAGAAAGGAUACCUGGAUGAUCCUCUGAUAGUGACAUUAAUUGGUCACAAGGGUUGCAGUGAGCCUGUGAGAGACUUCAGCUCAACAUCAUUUGGUCUACAGACUGAAACUGAUUUUGAGAGCCUUGUGAUGCGACAGCUUCGGCAGGCAGAGGAACGUCGUAAAUUGAUUGAAGAAAUGAAGAGAAAAGAUGCAGAAGAUGAAGAAAAGAAUGGGAGCUAG